AUGCUGAAGGCACAUGGGGAGGAGAUCAAAAAGCUGUACGGCCCGGACCCAUGGCUUCCACGUCUAAUGACACCGUUUGUUCUGCUCCAGAUUUAUCUUGGCUACCGUGCGAAGGACAUGGGGUGGCCCACUCUUCUUCUCGUCGCAUAUUUCGUGGGGGAACAAU